UGUGAAACUAGCUCUGUACAUUUUGUCAACAUCCCAUGACUUCCUGGUGAAAUGUGAGGGUGUCUGUUGAAUGUUUUUAGAUAUUUCGUGAGACUAAUUUGGAAGGAAGAUGUUCUUUGAUAAGGAAGAUGAAGAUACAGACUUCCUUAAUCCUGGAGGAUCAAAGUUAGGAGCUUUAUUUGGGAUGGAUAAAGCCGGUAAUAAAGGAGGAAAUGAAUCACUGACCUACACAGCUCCCAAACAACCAAAGAAAAAAGGUUUGUGCACAUUUAGUCUUUGUAAAAACUGUAGCUGGAUAAAUACAAAUGUAGGAAAUAUUAGAGCUGUCAUCGAUAGAAACAAUAUUGAUGUCCAAGCCAAUAAUUAUGCCAACUUUUAUGAUGAUGCCAGGCAAAGUUGGUCAGUGUUGUUUGAAAAUGAACAGAAUGCUAAUGAGUUUGCAAAAUAUGUUUGUUUAGCAAAAGCAUUAUCUACAGGACCUAUCCCAACAUCACUCUUCACACAGGAGCUUGUGGCUGGAGAUGGGGAGGCCCUACAGACUGGUGACUCGGUGGAGGUGAAAUACACCGGAAAGUUGCUUACAAACAGUACUUUUGGUCAGGUGUUUGACUCCAAUGCGAAUGCCGACAAAUUGUUUAGAUUUAAACUUGGUGCUGGAAAAGUGAUCAAGGCAUGGGACACAGGUGUUGUUGGAAUGAAGAAGGGAGGAAAGCGGUUUCUUGUGGCACCCCCUAGUUUAGCAUAUGGUAGUCAAGGCAUGCCCAGCAGAAUUCCAGCAAAUGCAACGCUGCUGUUUGAAAUAGAAGUUGUUCGGGUAAAGCUUGUGGGGAGAGACUCCUCCCCUUCUCCAGCACCACCUUCCCAGCAAGUACAAGCUCCGCCCACUGCUGAGAAAGGCGGGACUGGAGAUGCUGAUGAUUUUGAUGAUGAUGAUCCAAAUGUAAAACAAAGAACAAAGUCAAUUACAGAACAAUUAACCCAUUCACCACCUCCUGACACAAGUAAAGCAAAGUUGAUCUCCCGCAUGGCCAAGAUGGGGCGGCCCAUGUUACCAUUAUCAGGGGCAGUGGCAGCCCAUCCAGAUAGCGAGGAGGAACAUGUUCCGGAGUCCCCAGUACCUGUAGCAUCAGAGCCAGUACCUAAAGAAGUUCACCGCCCAGUUCCUAAGGUUGCAGCCCAGACUGCGGCACCUGUGCCUAGUCAACCCCAGCAAAUGUUCCAGCCAACAUCAAUGCAAAGUCAGGUCCAAACACAACCUGCGUUUUUACAAAAUUUACCUGGUGCUCAACAAAUGGCAGUAUUUCAACCUCAACAAAAUUUCUUACAGCAACAACAGCAGGCUAAUAUGAUGCAGCCUGGUUUCCAGACUCAGAUGUUUCCCAAUCAGACACAACAAGCUGUUCCAGGUAGCAACUUCCCUCCCUAUGUAGUUCAAGGAAUGUCUCAGGGUACAGAUAUGAUGUUGCUAUCGGAAACAAGGCAGCAGAACACGGAAGUCAGGCUUUCACUCUCAAAAAUGUCAGAUAAAAUGGAUCAAGUUAUACAAAAGAUUGAUCAUGCUAAUUCACAAAAUAGUGGCACGGCCAUGUUACCUAAUAUGGAAACAUCAGUAUUACUUCAUAAUAUCACCAGAAUUGUUCAGGAAAAUGAAAGAUUGAAAAAAGAUGUUUUUGAAAAGAGUGGGAAAAUUGAGUCACAAAAUGAGAAAAUAUCAGAAUUGUUACAACGAAAUCAGAGUUUUGUAGAGAAGAGUCAAGUAUUGAUGGAACAGAGGAAUGAAGGUCUUCUGUCUAGUGCCAAUCAAACUCAACAUAGAGUACUCUCCCUUGAACAAGAGAAGGUUGAGUUAACAAAACAGCUAUCAGAAGCAUCAUCUCAAAUAAGUGCCUUACAAUUAGAGACGUCAGUCUUAAAGAAAAAAGAGUUUGAACUGUCACAGCAGCUGGAGAAUGGCGGGAAAAACACUAGACGUCAGAGUGAAGAAUUAGAAAAUCUGAAAACUCAACAUAAAGAGGAUGAAAGCAUGAUUGGUGAUUUACAAAGGCAGCUCAAAGAGGAAAAACAUGCAAGAAAAACAUCAGAAAAUUCGUUAACACAGUUACAAGAAGAGAUGUCUGACUUACAGGAGGCUAAACGAGCCUUAGAAAAAAAUAUAUCAGACAGAAAACGUAAAGCAGCUGAAGAGAGGAGACAAUUAGAAGAUGAACUAGAAGAUGUUAAAGCUAAUUUUGAAGCUGAGAUACAAUCUCUGAAGGAGAAGUUGAGGAAACAGAAAACUUCAGCAAGUGCUGCUAGUCAGGAGCAGAUAUCUCAGAUAGAGGAAGAGAUCAAUAAAGACUGGCAAGAUAAAAGUGACAGACUACUGGCAGUUGCCACGGAGAAACAUAACCGGGCACUACAGGCCGUGGUAGAGGAGAAACAAGAACUUGAAACAAAAGUGAAUCAACUUGAAAAUAAGAUUCAUUCAAUAAGGAACAAUAGCCAAGGAAGUGAGGAGAAAGUGCAGGAUUUACAAGAACAGAUAGAACAACUGACUGUAUGGAAAGAUAAGUAUGAGUCACUGCGAUCUAACGUUGCCACAAUGAAAGAAAGGUACGAGGAACGUAUUGAAGAGAUAGAAAGUGAGCGAGACAAUCUCAGUGAACAACUGGAGACUGUACAGACAGAACUAAAGACCGCUAAAGCUCAAGGUACAGGUUCUACUGCGGCAGGUUUGGCAGUGUCCGGUGACUUGCUAGACGAAGUAAGUUUAUGUUGUCUCCAGAGUACAACAUUAUCAUUAAUGAAAAGAAUGCAGGAAAACAAAGAGGAUAAAGAGAGUGAAGAAGAGGAAGAAGAAGCUGAAAGUGAGGAAGAAGAAGAAGAUGAUGAAGAAUCGGACGAGGAGGAUGAAGAAGAAGAAGAAGAAACUGCAGAACCAGUAAAGGAAGAAGUUAAGGAAACUGUAGAACAAAGAGUAGAAACUCAACAAGUGCAGGCAUCUAGUAAUACUCAAUCUGACAAUGUAGAAAGUGCAAUUAGUUCUAAUGUUGCUAAUGCCAAUAUAGCAACUGAAAACAGUGUUAAUGAUGAAGGUAGUGAUGAUGAUGAUGAACUUGAUAAAGAAAUAGAAAAUGUUGAGGAUGAAAUAGAUAACAGUGAAGAGACUAAUAAAAUUGGUGAUAGUUCAGAAUUAAAACAGAAUACAGAAGAUGAUAGCAAUACUCAGGAGGUUAAAGAUGAACAAAAAGAUGAAGAAAAUCCCGUGAUACAAAAUCAGUCUCUGUCAGGGGAUUCAAACUUGAAGAAAGCUGGUUCCCUGGAAGAUUUAUUGGAUUCAGCCUUAGAGAGCAAGCCAGCUAAAGUUGCGGAGACGGUACCAGCACCUUUAGUUAGUACAGAACCACCACCAUUAACUGAUGAAAGUGAAGAUGAAAAAAUCACUGAGAAAGAUAGGACAAAAUCUGUAUUUGGUGAUGACAGUGAUGAUGAUAAUGUAGCACAAACUUUAGGCAUUACCAAUAAACCAGAAGUAAAUGGUGACACAGUCAACAAAUCGGGAGAGAAGCAGUCUACAAAUGAUGAGAAACAGGAAUAUAUUGAGCAUAUGAAACCAAAGCCUCCCCCACCACUGUUUGGAGAUGAUGAUGAUGACGAUGAUUUGGACUGGCUAAGUUAACCCGUACCUUCCAAAACAUAGGAUAGAUAUUAUAUGAAUUUAGAUAUGUAAUAAACAGAAGAGACUGUACUUUGAAAAAUGUGAUAUGAAUAAUUGUAAUAUGGAAUAUUCAAACAUUUGUUUUUAAUAUGUAUUUUAUACAUGUAUAUUAUACACUUAUUAUGUAGGUUUAUACAAUAUUAGUGAAUACAUGUACUUCAUUUGUAUGAGUGAUUCAAGUCUAUGAAAAUGUGAAACAGUUACUUGGCAUAGGUUAAAGAUAAUAAAUCAUAAGUAUACAAUACUAACGGCUUUAAAUUUGCAGAGAUAGAGUGAAAUUGUUGUGCUAAUCAUUUAUGUAUUUUCGAGCCAUUAAAAGUUGAUAAUAAUUCUUUUUUUUAUUUACAUUUAUGAAUGCUGUAUUACCUUAACUAUAUUAAAAAAGGAAUACACAAAGUAUAAGAAAGUAACAGUUAAGAAGAAAACAAAUCUGUGAUUUUUGUUAAAUUUUUGAACAUUGUAUUCAGAGUAAGUUAUGGCAAAUCUUGUCCUCUUUAAAUUGCCACCAAAUGAUUGUUAGAUGCUAUUAAGAACAAAUUUAACAGUUUAAACAGCUCAAUUAAGGAGGAGAAGGACCUACUUAGUGAACUAUAGCUGUUAAAGACUCUUAAAUUUUUCUUUUCAUUAAGUCAUUCUCAUUAGACAAAAAAUUAUGGCAAGGACUACUAGAAGUAGCAAUAAUUAUGAAACAAUGAAAAGCUUGUGUAUUUCUGGAUUACUUACCCUAUUAUAAAAACAUGAAGUUUAAAUUACAAUUAUACUUGAUAUAGAUUUCAUGUGGGUUUUUUAUGCAGAUCAAUGAAAAUAAUCUGUUUUUGAUUGAAAGUUCUGACAAUAAAAAGUAAGUUCAUUGCAGCAGAUGAGAGAACUGUGACAGGUGACAUAGUUUAGAACAUGUUUGUUUGAUUGUAGUAUGACCAAUAAAAUCGAUGAGUUAAAAGACCAUUUUUUAAACAUAUUACAAUACACACAUGUAGUCUGUUUGUAGUAUAUUUCAUACAUGUAUAUUGAAUACCAGAUGCAAUAUUUUUAUGAGUUGUAUAGCUAAUAGUGAAAACAUAACAGCUGGUGUUCAUGUUUAAAAUAAGAUAUGAUAUUGUAUACAAAUCAAACAAAUGAAUUUUCUAUUUGCUUCCUGCUUUAUAAUGGAUUUGUUUCAUUGUUACUGAUUGUUGCAGUGCUAUAUCACGGAGAUUCUUUCAGCAUUUCAUCAGUAUCACAAAUCGUUGCCUUAGUGCAGUAACGGGUUAACUUCUAUAAAAUACAAUAGGAGUUAGCCUGUUACUGCACUAAGGUGACAAAAUGUUCUGCUAAACAAUAAUCUUGAAAAUUUUCAAGACAUAUGUUAUUCAUUAAACUAUUAACCUAUCCAUGUGUUUCCAGUAACCAUUUAUAAUUUCACUAAAGAAGUAAAAUAGAGAUUAUUGCUGUCAAAAUUUUCAUUAAUUUAUAAUGCACGAUUUUGCUUCGCAUACGCAUGCAAAAUAUCUUACUAAUUAUACAUAUACUUUGAUAUUUCACUGGCCACUGAGAAGCAUGGUAUUAAGCCUCUUAUUUACGAGUGAUUAAAGAGUAAAUAAAAAUAAAAUAGCAGCACAUAUGUGUAUAUACAUGUAUAUGGCAGUAUAUUUCAUGCAAUGUUGGUGCAGGUCAUUGAUUAAUUGUGUAUGUUGAAAAAUAUAAAUUACCUAGAACAUAAUAUAAUGGAACAAACAACUAGUGAUAUUAGGACCGCCUUAUCUUUUCUCAUCCAAGGCUACACCAUUUUGUCUUGUUGGUCAUUGUUAUUGUCUGUGGUAAAUAUUGUAAAUAAGAUAGAUUUUAACAUUCCUUAAGUAUUUAAAAAAAUUAAGUCAAUAUUAACAUAAUUUUCAGAAAAUUUAUUAAUGUAAAUAUAAAAAAAAAAAAAAAAAAGAAAAGCAUUUGUUUUCAUUGAACUUAUUUAUAUUAUAAAAUUCACAAAUACAUGUACCUUAUUCAAAAAUAAACAAGCAAGCCACACAAACACAAACAUUCAGUAAUUAAAUUUUAUUGCAUAUGUUUCGGCUAUAUGCCUUCAUCAGUGCAAAACAUAAUAAAAUUACCGGAAGCGACGUCAUAACGGAACACACGUUAAACGCGCGAAAACGUUAUGGCGUUUAGCGGCAAAACUAUGAUAACAUACAUAACAUUCAAAAUUAUGCUUAUUGUUCUAUUAGCUGUUAACUGAAUGUCAGCAUUGCUUGUCACAUUAUGAUAUGUCCCAGGUGUUUUAACUGAAGAAAAUGUGUAUCGUGAGGAAGGGUUUGUUUUUUUCCAUUUUCGUAUUGAUUAUCAGUUAUACUUGUAUGGGGCCAAAUAAAUCAUUUUAAUAAUUUCUCAUACAUAUGCAUGUACUUUGUUUUGAUAUAAAAUGUGAAAGUGAGAGCCUAUAUCCAGUAGUGCAAACAUUUAUUAUUAUGUUAUUUUCAUAUAUAUUUUCAUGUGUACUAGGUAUAAGAAAUUGAUGUAGUAAUUUAUGAAAAUUUAAAUGAUUGAUGUUAUUGCUGAUGAAUAAAUAUGCUAAUGAUAAAAAAAA